UUGGCUUGGGCCAGUGUCGGACUUGGGCUUGGGCCUGGGUUGUACUUGGGCUUGGGCCUGCACCUCCGGUGCUUAUCUGAGUUGGUUUUCUUCCGACUUUCCAGUAGAGUAGAGGAACUAACAGAGCCAUGGCGUUGGUCUGCCGAGUUUUAUCGGCUGCGAGAAGGGGUUUAAAGCACAAGGCUUCGGCGAGUAGCCCUCACUCUCGGCGUUGGCUGAGCAACCAAACAAGCUUUCUUCUUGGGAGGUUGGUGGAGGAACCCAAUUCACGCAUCAAAUCCUUACUCUCUUCCGAUGAAUUCUCCGCCCUCCAAAGCUCGGAUUUUUCCUGGGAAUCCCUCGUCAGUUCUCUCGCUUCUUCUUCCUCUCCCGGGAAAUCCCGAUUGGUUUUGGAGUGGAAACUGGAGAAGUUGCUCGGGGCGAACGAGAGAGAUCAUGAUCGUUACUCCGAGCUGAUAUCUCUGUGUGGAAAAAUUCACAAUCUCCCACUUGCAAUGCAAGUGUUUUCUUCUAUGGAGGCUAAUGGAAUCAAACCCACUUCUGCCGUUUUCAACUCCCUUAUACAUGUUUGCUUCUCUUCCGGUAAUGUGUUGACAGCUUUAAGCCUAUUUGAGAUAAUGAAGAGCUCGGAGGGAUUUAAACCCGAUUCCGACACAUAUGAUGCAUUCAUGUUUGCAUUCUCAAAGUUGGGCAAUGCUGAUUCUUUGCAAGCUUGGUACUCGGCCAAGAAGGCUGCCGGAUUCACUUCUGGUGUUCAAACCUAUGAAUAUCUGAUUUCGGGUUGCAUUAAAUCAAACAAUUUUGAGUUGGGUGAUGGGUUCUAUGAAGAAAUGGUGUUAUCAGGGCACAUGCCAAGCUUGCCCGUAUUGGAAAGUAUGGUGGAAGGGAUUUGUAAACGGAGAAACUUUGAUUUAGUAAUAGACUUUUUGAAGAUAGUGUUAGAUGCCGGAUUGAAGAUCAACGAGAAGAUGGCUGAGAUGGUUGUGGGAUUGUACAUUGAACUUAAGAUGGUGGAGAAAUUGGAGGAGUUGCUUGUAAUUCUUACGGAGGCCAAUCAAGUUUCGGAAGUUCUGUUGCUGGUCCACUGUGGAAUUAUACGGUUGAAUGCCGCAUUGGAUAGAUUGGAUGAUGUAGAGUACUCUGUUGGGAGGAUGUUGAAGCAAGGAUUGUCAUUUAAACAUCAGGAUGAUGUCGAAAAGGUAAUCUGUUCGUACUUCAGGUGCUCGGCUCAUGACAGGCUGGAGUUGUUUUUGGAACGUAUUGAGGGUUCUUAUGAACUUACGACAUCAACUUAUGAUCUGUUGGUUGCCGGCUAUCGAAGAGCAGGAUUAUCUGACAGGUUGAACGACAUGAAAUUAGCUGAAAAAAGGUUUUAGCACCGGUAUAUCCUAUACAUACUCUAGUUUCCUCAAAGUAUCCCAACGGUGUAACACUGGCGACUCACUUGAAAAAACGAGGACAAUCUUUUUUAUCUCUUGUUUCGGAGAACUAAGUGGCUUGCGAGGAACGGAAAGAAACAUAUUAGAUUUUGAUCCGGGAUGAAAGACGAGUACUCCAAGAAGAAAGACAGCAUCCAACUCUUGUAACCUAAAUCCUGGGAACCAAGCAAGCAUUGUUGUCAUCUGCCCUACUUUUACAUCUUCCUUUGUAUCUUCUUAUUAAUUGGAGCAUCUCCCAGUAGAAACAGUGCCAACAAGAAAAGUCAGUCAACUUGUACGUGAAAUUUUUGUGGGUCCCCCACUAGUAGCCCCGUAUGCAAAUUUGUUCAAUCUGAAUUUGAGACUUUGAGAAGUCGAAGAGACUUUUUUUUUCACAAA